CGUCCUCACGAGUGAUGCCGAUGACGGACUCUUUAAGUUACCAAACACUGGCAGCUUGCAAAACGUAAUCCGAAAAAAAAAUUGACGUUUGUGCGUCACUGAAAUGGCGCAUCGAGACGUGUUGAUGUAAACAAAAAUUGUGCAAACACAUAACUCUGGAAGUUUAGUGCUGUUAGGAGUGAAUAAAACAAAUAAAAAAAUUGUGCAAAAUGACGUCGCGUUCGAAGGAAAAAGUAGCAGCUGCGUUUAGGAAGCUGUUUCGGUCUCCGGAAAAACUGGACAAUGAUGGAGCCGGGCCGAGCGGGUCCCCGGCCAGGCGCGGGCUACUACGGCGACACAGAGACGGUGUGAGUCCAGCAGAAGCGGCCAGCCACCCCGGCAGCCCGUCACCCGCCGCCCUCAGCAAGAAGGGCGCCGGUGCGAGCGACGUGCGCGAGCGCGCGGCCGCCGCCGCCGCGGUGCGCACGCGACGGCUCAUGAAGGAACUCAAAGAAAUACAGCGGUUACAGGAAAGCCGCUCUGACCCUUUGUUUACGGUGGAGCUGGUAAACGACAACCUGUUCGAGUGGCACGUGCGGCUGCACCAGAUCGACCCCGAGAGCGAGCUGGCGGCGGACCUGCGCGAGCUGCACAUCCCCAACAUCCUGCUGCACCUAGUCUUCCCAGAGAACUUCCCCUUCGCGCCGCCCUUCAUGCGGGUCAUCGAGCCCAGGAUAGAAAAGGGAUUUGUUAUGGAAGGCGGCGCGAUCUGCAUGGAACUCCUAACGCCGCGCGGCUGGGCGUCAGCCUACACCGUGGAAGCCGUGGUGAUGCAGUUCGCGGCGUCGGUGGUGAAGGGGCAGGGGCGCGUGGCGCGCGCGCCGCCGCGGCCCUCGCGCGAGUUCUCGCGCCGCCGCGCCGAGGAGGCCUUCCGCUCGCUCGUCAAGACCCAUGACAAAUACGGAUGGGUCACGCCGGCGCUGUCCGACGGUUGAACGCUAUGUCCAAUUUCCAGCUGACUACAGACAGCCGAAAUGCAGAUUAGAUCUCUAUUAGUUAAUUAAUCGGAUAUAAUUUUAAAAGUAUUCUCAUUACUUAGUGCAAUUUUUAAUAAAGCUGUGUCGUUAGAUGACUGUAUAUCCCCUUAGCCAAGUUUUCGUGUCGAAGCGAACACAAUGAUUGAUCAGUGUUUUCAUGCUUCAAUUAAUGUAAUUAAGUAUUAUCCUUAUAGUUAGGUUACGAUAAAUAUAUUGUGAGCGGUGCAAUGUCUUAUACAAAAUUGCUAACAAAAACGGUCGAUAUUUUAUUUGUAGAUACCAAGAAAAAUAGACGGGUAUUAUCACACUUUUGUUACCUACCAUCAGGACAUUGGUGACUGACAGGCCAAUUCGAGUUCGUCACAAUCGUCGGUGGCUUUCAAUGUAGAAUGAGUGACGAAAGCAGAAUAGGACUAAUUUCAGAACUUGACGAAAAACGAAUGGGACGACCCAAGACGAUACCACUACGUCAAAUCUUUUUAAGUCAGUACCUAUUGUAAGAAUUUUGCAUGUGCCGAUUACCUGCGUAUCGCUCAAAAAUACUUAUGUAUAUUAAGCUAGAGUCUAGCUGCUAGACCAACAUAUUUUUUACUGUUUUGUAAAUUGAAAAAAAUGUGCCAAACUACGACUGUACAUAUAGAUAAUACUGGCGUCUGCAUACAUUUUAAAUCCAGAGAACUCUUACAGCGCGCCUAAUACUCUCAUACUAAAUUUACUAAUGGUAAUUAUAAUUCUAAAAGGAAAAUUUCACUUCUAUUGUAUCUUAGAAAAACAAAUCUAGUUCGAUGUCUAGCUGUCUGUCCUAGGUAUAAAUUAAAAGAUAAAAACAUCAAGAAACUCAAAAUUAUAAUGUUAUAUUAUUUGAUUGGUCAAUCAAGCAAAGCAGUAUAACGUUUUAAAGGAAAUGUUUCCGUCCCAACGUCAUUUAAACACUUGAUAUUGUAGAUAAAUUAGUAUUACUAUUUAAAAUCCAUUCCAGCAGAAAAUAGGAAGAAUUGAGCACUUGCGUGAUGAUUUGUUAUAUUUAUAUCAAACAACAUAUUGAAAAAACUAAGACAUUGAAAGUACAUACCGGGUGUGGCCUGUAACACGAGCAAAUAAUUCAAACAUAGAGUGUACUCCUCAAACGGUGACACCUUUUAGGCCAAGCAAUAAGUUACGGGGUCAAAAAUUGUGUUCCUAGCAUUUCCCUCUACAACGUUUUUUGAGCAUUCAUUUCCUGACCUAUUUUUCAACAAUUUUUAAAAUUUAUGAAGUAUUUAGACUCUCUAUUUUUCAUACAAAAUAAAUAUUAUCUUCAAUGGACGCCAUCGCCACGCCAUAUCAUUGUGAUUGACGUUGCUUGUCACGCCUUAAACAUAACAAAAUUCGCGAUACAUUGCGUCUUAGUUUUAACUUUAAAGUGUAUUAAAAUCAAACCACAAGUUAUUUUUAAAAGUCGCUGAACAUGAAUGUUGGUCAGUAUAAGGAGUACAGCCUACAGUUUAAAUUUUUGCUCAUAUUACAGGCCACACCCGGUAUAUUUUGAUUGACGUAUUUGACGUGAUUCAAAUAAAUAUACGUCCAAAUAUAAUUUUGACAUGUUUUUGCUCAGUUUUAAUUAUAGCAAUAUAACCCAUUACCCUACAUAAUAAAUUCCAAAAAUGACUCAAACUUAACACCAAAAAUAAAACGUCAUUUCUAUAAGCACUAUGAAAAUAUAAUUAUAUUCCUUUAAAUUAUAACGUAAUUUCGCGUAUAUAUUUUAUACACCUACGCUUUGAAUACUAUGAUUUACUUUACGUCUGUAUUGUAGUUAUUAUUUAAUUAUAUGAGUGGUCAAGUGCUCAAAUUAGUAGAUAUUUUGGAAAAAAAACUUGAAACUAAAGGCUUGUGGUAACUUAAAAUUUUAUUAUUAAAUUAGAUACAAAUACGCGUAAAUGUAUGUAAUUUAGAAAAUAUUUCUUGAUGUUGUUGAUUUGUUCUGUAAACCAAAGAUGUUUAUUUUUAUGUAAUAUUCCAAUGCAGUGCAAAAUGUGUAUUUAUACCUGGAUUAUAUGUACAAUGUUAUAUGGGUGUAAUAAAUUACAUGCUCAAAAUA